GCCUUAAGCAAGGCCUAGGUGGGAGCUCUAGGUCGGCCCUAGAGGUGAAGGGGGGGAGGGGUCCCUACGGAGGGCCUGGAGUAGUGGGGAGGCCCCAGGUGGGGCCUUAAGUGGGUAGUGGUGUAGUACCUGGUGUAGUUAGUCAGUCCCUGGUGUAGUUAGUCAGUCCCUGGUGUAGUUAGUCAGUCCCUGGUGUAGUUAGUCAGUCCCUGGUGUAGUUAGUCAGUCCCUGGUGUAGUUAGUCAGUCCCUGGUGUAGUUAGUCAGUCCCUGGUGUAGUUAGUCCCUGGUAUAGUUGGGGGGUCCCAAGCAGAGCUUGGGCCUGAGAUGGGGCCCUGGGCCAGGCCUUGGGGGUCCCCAUGUGGGCCCCGGCAUUGAGGGGGGACCAUGAGCAGCGCCUGGGGAGGGGGGUCCCCAGUAUGGCCCAUGGCGCCCCAGCCCAGCCGCUUGUCCCCCAGCCCAGGACAGCGCCGGGGACACCGGGGUCUCGCCUUUGUCCCCCGUGUCUGCGCAGCAGAAGGAGCCGCCUGGGAGCCCGCGGUAAAGAUCAAUGGAGAUGGCUGGUGUCUCCUGCUGGAGGAGGAUCAGGCGGCAGACGGUGCCGCGGUCUGGAGGAGGAUCCGCACAACCCAGCGACCCACCUGCAAAGCCUGGUUUAAAACACAACCCUCCCGGUUGGGAUCCCAGCUCCCGGUUGGGAUCCCAGCUCCCGGUUGGAAUCUCAGCUCCCGGUUGGACUCUCAGGCUCCCAGUUGGACUCCCAGCUCCCGGUUGGGAUCCCAGCUCCCAGUUGGACUCUCAGCUCCCGGUUGGACUCUGAGUUCCCGGUUGGACUCUCAACUCCCGGUUGGACUCUCAGCUCCCAGUUGGGAUCCCAAGCUCCCGGUUGGAAUCUCAGCUCCCGGUUGGAAUCCCAAGCUCCCAGUUGGACUCUCAGCUCCUGGUUGGGAUCCCAAUCUCCCGGUUGGGAUCCCAGCUCCCAGUUGGACUCUCAGCUCCCGGCUGGAAUCCCAAGCUCCCAGUUGGACUCUCAGCUCCCAGUUGGAAUCUCAGGCUCCCAGUUGGACUCUCAGCUCCCGGUUGGAAUCCCAAGCUCCCAGUUGGAAUCUCAGGUCCCGGUUGGAAUCCCAAGCUCCCAAUUGGAAUCCCAAGCUCCCAGUUGGACUCUGUCCUCCCAGUCUGAUGCUCAGACCGGGCACCGGGUGCAGCCGUGACCCCCGUUAUCCCGGCAGGACAAGCCAAAAUCCAGCGUUUUGCAGCCUGAAAUCCUGUGUUUCACAGCCCAAAACCCAGCGUUUCACAGCCUGAAAUCAGCCCCAAACCCGGCGUUUCACAGCCCAAAACCUGGCGUUUCACAGCCUGAAAUCAGCCCCAAACCCGGCGUUUCACAGCCUGAAAUCCAGCGUUUACGCAGCCCAAAACGCGGCGUUUCGCAGCCCAAAACGCGGCGUUUCACAGCCUGAAAUCGGCCCCAAACGCAGCGUUUCACAGCCCAAAACUCGGCGUUUUGCAGCCUGAAAUCCAGCACUUCGCAGCCCAAACGCAGCGUUUCGCGGCCCUGAGGAGCAGCAGGAGCAGCCGCCCCGGCCCGGCGUGUCCGUCCCUGCACCCCGAGCAAACCCAUGUGGGAGGUCUGAGGCCUCUGGCUCCGUCGCUGGACACCAUGGACGCCGAGGCCGCGCAGCCCCAGGAGCCUUCGCUCACGGUCAACGAGCAGGUUAUCGUCAUGUCCGGCCACGAAACCAUCCGCGUGCUGGAGGUCGGCGUGGACGCCCCGCUGCCGCCCGACGACGAGGACGCCAGAGCCGCCCCCGCGGCGCCGGGGGAGCGAGCGGGGGGGUCCCCGCGGGACAGCGGCCCCCCCGGCACUGAGGAUGUGCCCCCCAGCACCCCCAGCACCCCCAGCCCCGGCAGCGGGGAGGCAGCUGGCAAAUCCAAAGCGGCCGCCACGUCCCCCGGCGCCGUCCCGUCCGCCGGCCCCUCGGGACCCCCCCCAGCCCAGCAGCCGCUGGCCCCGCUGGCCGUGCAGGCCGCCCCGCAGGUCUUGACUCAGGAAAACUUAGCAACAGUUGUGACGGGAGUAAUGGUUCCCGCAGGGACAGUUACUCAACCUCUUCUUAUCCCCAUCAGUAUUGCAGGUCAAGCGGCAGGUCAGCAGGGGCUGGCCGUGUGGACAAUCCCUGCAGCGACGGUCGCUGCGCUGCCCGGACUGACGGCCGCUUCUCCUUCGGGGGCAAUUUUCAAACCGCCCAUAGCCACUUUGCCAGCCGCCGCCGUGCUGAACGCGACCAUCGCGGCGCCGGUGCAGCCCGCGCAGCCCCGGCCCCCCCUGCAGCCCCCCGGCGUGUUCCCCGCGCCCGCCGGGCAGCCCCCCAUCCUGCCGCAGCCCCCCGCCGCCCCCCCCGCCGCCAAGCCCUUGGAGACGCAGAUCACCGUCCAGCCGGCCGGAUUCGCCUUUAACCCUGGCAUAAUCAGCGCGGCCUCGCUGGGGGGGCAACCGCAGCUCCUGGGCUCCUUGGCGGCCGCCCCCGUCAUCGCCAACGCCAUUUCCAGCGUGCAGGGCAUCGCGGGCCAGAUCCUCACCAACGCGCAGGGCCAGGUGAUCGGGACGCUGCCGUGGGUGGUGAACCCCCCCGGGGUGACGGCCAGCGCUGUCCCCACCACGCUGCCGGCCCCCAGCCUGCAGGUCCAGACGGUGACACCGCAGCUGCUGCUCAACGCCCAGGGCCAGGUCAUCGCCACGCUGGCCCCCGGCGCCAGCCCCGCGCCCGCCGGCAAGAAAACCGGCACCCCCGAGCCCCCCGCCAAGAACGAGGUGCAGCCCAUCCAGCCGGCCCCGGCGCUGGCCCCGCCGGCCGUGGUGGUGACAAACCCGGCCCCCGCCACCAAGGCGCCCACCGCGCCCGUCCCCAUCACCUGCUCCGAGACCCCCACCGUCAGCCAGCUGGUCUCCAAGCCCCCGGCCGCCCCCGGUGCCGAGGAGGACGGGAUCAACCUGGAGGAGAUCCGCGAGUUCGCCAAGAACUUCAAGAUCCGGCGCCUGUCGCUGGGGCUGACGCAGACGCAGGUGGGACAGGCGCUCACGGCCACCGCCGGGCCCGCCUACAGCCAGUCGGCCAUCUGCAGGUUCGAGAAGCUCGACAUCACCCCCAAAAGCGCGCAGAAGCUGAAGCCGGUGCUGGAGAAGUGGCUGAGCGAGGCGGAGCUGCGGAACCGCGAGGGCCAGCAGAACCUGCUGGAGUUCGUGGGGGGGGAGCCCUCCAAGAAGCGCAAGCGCCGCACGUCGUUCACCCCCCAGGCCAUCGAGGCCCUCAACGCCCACUUCGAGAAGAACGCGCUGCCCACGGGCCCCGAGAUCACCGACAUCGCGCGCCAGCUCAACUACGACCGCGAGGUCGUGCGCGUCUGGUUCUGCAACCGCCGCCAGACGCUCAAGAACACCAGUAAACUCAACGUCUUCCAGCUGCCCUGAACCGGGCGCCCCCGCCGCCCCCCCCGCUGCCACCCGCCCCCUGCCAGCAGCACUUUGGCCCCGUGUCCGUGCCCCCCCCGCCGUGUCCGUGUGUCCGUCCGUCUUCACGCAUCCGGUGUCACCCGCCCCGCCUGCACGCUGCGCCCCCGACUCUGUGCCCCCUGAACAAAAAGGAGUGAUUUUUGGUUUUUGGCCGUUUUCCCGUGUUUCCGAGGUAGCGUCACAGCCCAGAUUUCACCCCCGCUGUGAUUUUGGUGACCCCCCCCCCCCCGCCGUGGGGACAUCGCUGUGGGUGACAGUGGGGACUUCACCAGGGUCCCCAGGAGGGUUUUGGGGGGCGAACCCCAUGGCGGAGGCAGCGUCCCCUCCCCGCCUCCCCCCCCGGGGGCCCGAUGGGGAAAACCGGGGGCUGCACUGGGGAGGUUGGGGGGACCGCGGGGGACACGGGACCCCGAUGCACUUGGUGUAGUGGUGUGAAAUAAACAGUAUUUUUCUUUU